GUUACUCAGCCCAAGCCUUACCGCGGUUUACCUACUCGCAUACUUAAGCACCCUUCUUCAGUGCGGCCAGGCGACACUUAUAGCCUUUAUAGAAGCCUUGCAAUCUCUUUGCGACGCCGCGCGGAGCGUACAAUAGGUCGAUAAGAUGCUCCCAAACAAACGAAAAGCCACCGAGGCCAUCCUGGCUACACCCAACAAGAAGCCUCGCAUACCCUCCUACAAGCCUUCUAAAUCUAGCAUCCCGACAUCCAUGCGUGACCAACCGACAACAUACCCUUGGGACUCGUACCAAGAUGCCAUCGUCGUGAACUCCGUGGAGUUCAGCGACAUGCAACAGCGAGUAGGUGCUGAACACUACAGCUACAUGCUCAGCUGCCAGAAACAUUACAAGCACAUCUGCGUGGGCUUUGACGAGUACCGGUAUAACGGCUUGAAAAUCGAAGACUUGCCCGAACUCGAUGACAACGACGACGACGAGGAACAGGAUUUAGUGCAACAAGAAAACCUGGAUCCAACCAUCAAUACCACGCGCCCGCCCGACCCUCCGCCAUCACAUUACGCCUACCCACACCCCAUCUACCAAGCCACAACUUCCAACCCGGCAAUCCCCCUCGCCAUACUCCGCAUCGCUCAGAAGAAUCUCUCAUCUAUUUCCUUCGACUCCGCGAUCGCCCACCUACCGAACCUCGCGCACGCAGACCCACUACCCAAACUAACAUCCAACAUCUCUCCCGAAGACAUCAAGUACAAAAAUAGAGAUAACGCCAUCAGAUUGAAUGUUGCUUUCCUUCCAGAAUUUUACAAUGAUGGAAGACAUGCGCUGGGGUAUUAUACGCUUUCUCAAGCCUCUAGCUCGAACUCCAGCCCUAUGAAUGCAAGGCGGAGAAUGGUGGGUGCGUGUCUUUUUACGCCUUGUACGAUUCGGGAUCUAGAAGUGUAUAAUCUAGUGAAGUUCAUGUAUGGACGGAAACACCAUGGAGUGGAGGGUAUUAAGAGCGUGGGUGUGAGACAGGGGAGGUGGGUUGAGAAAGAUGUGGUGGAGGACUGGGAUGAGUGGAGUUUAAUGGUCAAGGUUGUCGGGCGAGUUUGGCAGGUGAGGUUGUUGCUUUUAAUGGGUGGGCAGGAGGAUGGGAACACGGCGGUAGAUGAUUGGGUAUAGUUGGGUGUUGAGAUAUCAGGAGUUUGAGGAUGGAAUGGUUUACUGAUUUGACCAGGAUUUCAUUAGCUUUGGUUUUAUCCUUGUAUUUACAUUGUAGAUAAGAUCUAUAGAGAAGGGGAAAGGAGAGAUUGAAGUUCGCCCAGAGUUUAGUCAGUCUUAGAGACUGGUUUACAAUCUGAACCACUGGAACUCAACUAGUGUUAGUGAGCUAUUAGUAGCUAAUGGAAAAUAAGGCAU